AUGAAAACUAAAAAAUUGCAAUCAAAAGGCCUUUAUGCCCCAGUGGUAGGCUUUUCGGAAAACGACUACUCCACAUCGCUACAACUGGAUGGAGAACAAUGGAAGACCUUACAAGUAUUAGGACGUCCUUACGAGAUUUCAAAUUACGGACGCAUCAAAAGCAAGGAAUUAACCGAGAGCUAUAUCCUUAACGGGAUAGAAGUUCAAAGGACGAGAAAGCCGAAAAUUUUAAGGGUGACCUUUACAAAGAGAAACCAAGGCAACAACAAGAUGGAAAGCUAUUUCCUCCAUCGUCUCGUCGCUUUGGCAUGGAUUGGUAAAUCAGACCAACAAGUCGACCACAUCAACGGCAGGAAACACGACAACAGGGCUUGUAACCUUGAAUAUGUUUCACACACCGAAAACAUGAGAAGAGCAUGGGAAAACGGAUUGAUGACAAUUACCGCCCAAACCCGAAACUUACCGAACAAUGGAGAGCCAAAGUUCACCAAAAAUGAGGCAGAAGAAAUAAGAAGCCAAUACAAGCCGUAUAAGUUCACCAUUAAAAUGCUUUGCGAAAAAUACGGAUGCUGUGAGAGAACAAUCCGAGACGUUUUGAAAGGAUUAAAGGCUUACUCAACGGAGAAAGGAGGUGAGCAAUGA